GGGCCGGCCAACACGCUCGACUACUGCCACCACCCCCGAUGUCGUCGGUAGGCCUCAGGGCCUGUACCGACAGGCUGUGUUGGGGUUGUUUGCUGCGCCGGGCGGCCUUCGGAAUUCGGGGACACCACACUUGCAGCGUCUGGCUGAGACUCAAAAGCUGAGACUCACAGCUGAUCCUCAAAGCCCCGUUGCACGUGUGCUUGGUGUUCUUUCUGGUCGGCGUGCAGGUAGGUUGCAAACACCGAAAAGUCGAAUGUUUCGGCAUCCAUCCCACGAUAAUUCGCAGGAAGCGAGGACGCCCCAGAGCGCUUGCUGUGCUGGUCAGCCGGCUUUGUCAGCCGCCCGCCCCCGCGCCCGCGCUGCUCGAGUUUGUGCGCUGGGGCUGCGGACGUAAUUCGGGGUCUGGUCCGGCCUCUGACGACGGGGCCCAACUACAUCAUCAUGUACGCUUACGGGAAAAACAUGCCAUGACAAGAUUGUCCCGUCACCACCAAAGUCACCACCAAAGCAGGACCCGUGAGCUCAGGACCCUAUAUAUACACACGAUUACGGCAGGCGCCCACCGCCGUCACCCUCAAGGCUGCAAUCGCAAAACCCCCAUCCGAGCAGACACGCGCCUCGCUGGAAACCACCUCGCCCGAGACCGCACAUCAGACCACUGCGCCCCUGCACCAUCCCCGACAGCAACAGCCCGCUCCUCGCCUGGAACCGCAGAAACCAGCCGCGAUGAAGGUCAUCAGCAAAGAAGAGGAACAGGCUCACUACAAUGAGGUCCUCAAGGGCGGCGCCAUGGGCGGCUCUGUCGGCCUGGGCCUGGGCCUGGCCGGCGUCCUCGCCGCCUCGCGCCGCUACGCAGCCUUCCGCAGCCUGACAUUGCCCUUCCGGACCUUCCUCGUCUCGUCCGCAGCCACCUUUGGCGCCAUCACCACCGCCGAGCGCUACUCCAUCUCCUUCCAAAAAGCAAAGGACCCAAUGAACUUUUACAAGGACGAGACACAACGCAUGCUCGAGUCUGCCAAGCAGUCCGGCGGCGACAAGCAGAAGUUCAUGGACUGGGGGCGCGAGAACCGCUACUCCAUCGUCUUCGCUUCCUGGAUCGCCGCCAUGGCCCUCGCGCUGACCAUCGUCGGCCGUGACAAGUACCUGAGCACGUCUCAGAAGCUUGUCCAGGCCCGUGUAUACGCCCAGGGCCUCACGCUGGCCGUGUUGAUCGCUACCGCCGCCUUCGAGACAAGCGACGCCAAGGCCGGCAAGGGCCGCUGGGAGACCAUCAUGGUGGUCGACCCCAACGACCCCAAGCACGAGCACCUGAUCGAGAAGAAGGUCCACAAGGAGGAGUACGAGGGUCAGGACCUCUGGAAGGACAUGGUCGCCGCCGAAGAGCGCCGACUGCAGCAGGUGAAGGAGAAGACGACGGCCCGCAAGGCUGAGUCCAAGGCCGCUGGCCCUGCACCCUCGAGCGCUGCCAAUUGAGACCGACCAUGGAUGGGUCAUGACUGCUGCAGCGACAAGUAGCAGAGGUGUAGAAGAUAUUCCAGUGUUCAACACGACCGCGAAAUACGUGGGCUGUAGGACGAGGCGUCAGGUGCAUUUUUGGUGGCGUCGUUUCCGCUACUGUACAUUAUUACAACGGCAUGUGUGGUGUUUUGGACUUGCAAGUGAUGAGGUUUCUGGAUAAAAGUGCCCGGCGCCUACAUAAUACCAACUGCUUGCUUGGGACGCACAGGGCAGACAGGUCCACGAGACUUGUCAAGCCUGGCCGGACCAUACAUGACAUCUUUAUAGACAGGACAUUCCUAAUGUAUCCUUUUCCGCAAGAUAAUGUGCUCCGCGCUGUGACGCCACAAUGCAUCCCAAUCCCAUCCUCUGAACGUGGGGUACAUACAAAUCGUUUCCUGCUGGCACUUGGGUUUUGGUUGAAACAGAGAGAUGCUGAUGGCAUUUCCCCACGGAAAGGCGUAACCCAAAAGACAAGGCGGAUGGGUAUCAUCGUUGCGAAGGAAGGGCAUCAAAGCUAGCAAGCAGCGCUCACCUUGACUCUGACCUAUGGCACUAUGGCACCAUCUGACUUUCGCUACGCCGCGCUCGCUUGCCCUGGUCGGCCUAGAGCUCGAUCUGGAAGUGGCUGAUCUGUGAAUAAUACGCGUGCACCGCCAUCUCCAGGAUCCAGACAUCACCAAACACCUCGCCACCGUCAAAGCCCCCGAUCGUCAACAGCCGGGAGUCAUGCAGGACGGUGCCGUGGUAGCCCCUGCCGCUGGGCGGCAGCCCGUAUACCCUGCGCUUGUCCCAAGUCAUCUGUACCAGAUUGAGCAGCAGGACGUCGUUGGAGUAUUCGUUGCCGUCGUGCCCGCCGAUGACGAAGAGAUAGGACCCUACGAUUGUCGCCGUGUGCGAGAGCCGCCUGAACGUCCCGCUCACGGGUGCAGACUUCCACGCGUGGGUCUCAAUGUCGUACACCCACACGUCGUUGAAGCACUCGCCGCCGUCAGAGCCGCCAAAGAUGAUCAGCUUGCCGUCGACAAUGUUGGCAGUGUGGUAGCCACGGGCCUUUGGCUUGGACUCCCUGCCCGGGGCCCCGCCCCCGCCCGGCGACCUGGUCUUGGAGUUGCCGGCCUCGUCUGUCGGGCUCGAGAUCAGCUUCCAGCUCAUCUUGGACAGGUCGCUCACGUCCAGCCUCCAGAUGUCGUUGAGUGCUCGCACGCCGUCACCGCCUCCAAAGACGUAGAUCCCAUUCUUGUACAGACAUGCUGUGUGCGCCCGUCUCUUGGAAGGCACCCGGUCGCCCAGGAUCCGCGGCUUUGUCCACCUGAAGUUGACGGUGUCGAGCACAUAUACCUCGUUGUAGUAGGCAGGCCCGUCGCCGCCGCCAAAUAUGACCAAUUUCUUGCCAACGGCGGUGCAGGUCAUGGCGCGCAGGGGGACGGGGAUGUCGCCCGACACGUAUGGUUGUGACCAGUGAAAAGCGUCAGCGUCGAGGACAUGAAGGUCAUUAAAGCAGGCACGGCUGUCGCAGCCGCCAAAGACGUAGAUGUUGCUGCCGAUCAUUGUCGUCGUGUGGGCCCUCAGGGCCGGGUGUGGGCGCCCUGAGACGGGGGCGCGCGACCAGUACAUGCCCGAGCUGGGGGCGGGAGGAACGUGGAUGGAGCUGGUGGGGGAGGCGAGAGGUGGGAAUGGCUUGUAGGUGCCGGCGGCGGGGUGUUUCGAGGUGGUUGUUGCCGAGGUGCGGUGGGCGUUGGACGAGCGAGCGGUGCCGUUGGUAGCUGCGGGCGGUGCCGGCUUGCCUGCUAUGGCCGACGUAGAUCGCAAGGCGGGCGGGCGGGCGCCACUGGCGGAGGCAUCGCCUCUCGACUCUGGCCUGCCGUCUGGUCUUUGUUCGCCGUUCUCCCGCGGCCUGUUUGCGGCCGAGGACGAGGCCGGGGCGGCGUUCCUUAUGCUGACGGGGGGCGCAUUCGGGGCGGGGGCAGAAGGGGCUGCGGCGGCGGACUGGGCCCUCUGUCUUAUCGAGAGGUCGGAGGUGGAGGGCUUACGUCUGGACACCUGGCUCUUUGAAGAGAGGUGGCCUGGCGUAUGGCUGCGCGGCACAGGAGGGGCGCGGUCCGGGGCGGACGAGUCCUGAUAGCCGUCGUACCGUGGCAGGGGGGUCGGCACGUCUGCGCGCUCCGAGGAGGGGGAGGGGGAGGGAGAGUGGCCAGAGGCGGCAGCGGAGAUCUUUUGGGAGCGCACAAUCUUUGAUCUCAGGGGCGACGUCUGUUUGUCUUCUUUGGGUCUAGCUGGUUGAUCAGCCAUAGUCGAGGAGCCGCCUCAGAAGACCAUGCCACGGCGGCGUCAGCGGGAUGAGAGCCCGAGGCUGAGGCUUGUGGUCUUGAACAACUGAGCGGGUUGCGGGGCUGUGGCAGGAACGACGUUGUGGCCGUGGUUGUGGUUGUUGUGGUGGUGGUGGUUCUGGUCCCGGUUCCGGAGGUGGGCGUGGCUACGUUUGACGAUGGCGUUCUGUCUUGUUGUGGAGGAUGAGGAUGAGGAUUGAGGGAUGGGGGGAGGAUGGGUUUGGGAGUGUAAUGAUCCCAGACUCAUGCACACAUGCACUUAGCCUUGGGUGCUAUGCAGACGUGCAGGUGCCGUACCUACCUCUCUCUACCUGGGAACCUGCCUAGUACCUACCUAGGUAGGUAGGUACCUGGGUAGGCAGGCACAUGGGGCAGGUUGGGCUGGAUGGGGUCUGGUGGAUGAUGCCAGACCCGCC